UGGUUGGGUUAACGCAGGUUUGUUUACGGUAGCAAAGGAGCCAUCUGAGCCCUAGGAGAACCGUACCGUGGAGAAAAAAAAGGAGUGUGAGGAUACUUACAACUUGCCUUUAGUGUCAGUUCUGUAACCCAAGGUUAGGGUUGAUUUCCGAGUCCUGUUUGACAGCGUUCUUCUUUGUGGUUCGAAGUGGCAACACGCGAGAUCAUCGGCUUGCAGCAAAAUACGGUCAAAGAGAGAAGACGUUCGGUUCAAAGAUCGCGAAAUUUGCAAUAAAUAAUCGCACCAGCACAUUGCCAACUUUUCGCAAUCAUUCCGUACGCCGUUCGGAUAUGGCAGUCUGAGGGCAGUGUUCGGUCCGAAAAGAGCUUUGGACUUGUGGCGUGGAUAAGUGUGUGGUUCUAGGUCUAGCAAUCAGCCAUUUACUGACGGACGACCGACCGAUGGUGGAGAGAGUUCAUUUUUCGCGAAUUUUUUGACAGCUGCACGUACAGAAAAAAGAAAUUGCUGUCGCGAAACGAGAGCUAAUACGGGCGAGAGCGCGAUGAGUGUGAAGUUGAUGAAGAAGUGAUAGAGCGCGCGCAGAGCAGAGGGUGUCUUUCUUUGCCAGCAAGUCGAAGUCGUACGGGCGGCAACGAGAGCGCGGCGACAAAUAAAAAUAAUACCGUGCCACAGUGCUUAGAAUAAGAAGAAAGUGUUGCAAAACCGUGUGUUGGGGCGAUUCGCAUCGAUAAGAAACGCGCAAGUGUCUGUCCAGGUUUGUUUACGAUUUUUCCGCCACACUGUUUGUUUUCUGAAAAGAAAGAAGAAGGCUGCACGAGCUGCCGCGUAAUCACCCCGAACUGCUGAGACGGGAAUGCUGCGAGGUUUGUUGUUGCUGCUGGAGAUUAAUAUUGAUGAAAACAUCGAGUGUGCUUUGGUUGUUCUUUUUUAACGCGUCACAACAAAGUUGUGAAACACAGUGAAAAAAAUAGAACGUCAGUCGACAGUUUAGGAAUUCAAUACUCCAGCUAGAGUGGUUGUGUGCUCCGUUCAACUCCUGUUACUAGAGUGUGAAUAUGAUAUACUCGUCGUGAGCCAGCGUAAACCUUUAAGAAACCAAUUUGAAAGGGCUUAGCAAUUAAAAUUUUCCGUAAAGCCGUGUAGAAUUGCUGGAGGGAAUGUUUUGUUCACGUGGAUUACGCUCGGACGCGAAAAUGUCACCUUUGUGGAGCGCGCUGCUGCUGGUGGUGCUCCUCGGAGUGCUGCUGAGUGGCUCCGGCACGGCCGUGGAGGCCAAAAGUGUCGAACAGCACGAACUGCUGAGCUGCGAGCACGUCAGCAAUUUUUUCUCGUCGAUCAACGUCACAAUCACGCCGGUCACCAAUAAUGAAGGCAAGGUUUGUGGCGGUCCCUGCUGUGAUAGCCAAGUGGAAAGUCAGCUUGAAGCAAAGGCGGCGAAAAACUUCGAACGACUAGUCAAACACCACACCCGCAGCCAGCGGGGCCACUGGGAGCAGACGGUGAAUCUCUACCGAGAUUACCUGAUUCAACUCUCCCGUCAGUCGGAGAACAAAACACUGAAUCUGUUCUCGACGGUGUACCGUAAAAUGUCCCCACUGUCACGGGAGCCGAUUCUGGAAUUGUACGAAACAAUCCGGAACCACCUAACGUCGGCAUCGUUCACCGACGACAUCGGUCUAGUCACAGACAAGUUCUUCCGAAAUCUAUUUCCGGUGGCCUACCACCACGCGGUGGUUCACGCCGAUAAGGACGUAGAUUUCCACAGUGACUACAAGAAUUGUCUGAUUCACACCUACGAUGAUCUGAAACCCUUCGGAGAUAUUCCGCAGCAGCUUGCGAACUCGCUGGUGACCAGCGUCGGCGCGGCCAGUGUUCUGCUGCGAGUGCUCCGGGAAGGCGCGGAAGUGCUCAACAAACUCGACGAGUUGGGAGCGGAAAAUCUUCAGGAUACGUGCAAGGCCGCACUGCUCAGGAUGAACUAUUGUGCGAGUUGUAAAAAGUACAACCACAAUCAUGCGAAACCAUGCGCGGGACUAUGCAAAAACGUUAUGAGGGGUUGUUUGAUGCAGUAUAUCGGCAUCCUGAAUCAGGACUGGUACACGUUCACGGAAGCCAUCGUUCCACUCAUAAGCACCGUCCGGUCGACCGAAGGCAUCGAGGCAGAAAUCAAGGGCCUGGACGGGAGAUUGUCCAGCGCCAUCAUGCACGCGAUGGAAAAUGGCCCGCAGCUGGAAGUGAAGGUCAAAAAGGGCUGCGGAACGCCGUCGCUAAUGCAGAACGAUAAUCUGGCCGGUUCCUACGAGCAGCAGCUGCAGCCGACCAUGCACAGCAACAAAUGGAUUCUGGCGCCGAUCAACGAGAUGCUCCAGUUCGAGAUGACCAUCGACAAGAACAAGGACCUGUUUCUGCAACUGUCGUCAACCCUUUGCGACGAUGAGGAUUAUCACAACAACGAUGAGGAUUGCUGGACCGGUACCCACUACGGGGACUACACGCACGAGAUCGUAUCGACCACGUCGCAGAAGUACAAUCCGGAGGUGCCGUACAGCAGUGCCACCGAGCAGCUCCCGAAGGACAUCCGACUGCAGAUGCUGAUCGAUAAGCUGAUUAAUUUGAAGAAUGCCGCCACCAAGGCUGUUUCAACAAAUGCGUUCAAGAGUGACCCCGACAAGAUGCUGUCCGACAUGGCGGAAGGUUCCGGCGAUCACUAUCGGGAUUACGAUUCGACUGAAGAGGAGGAAUAUGGAGAAAACGGUUCCGGAUCUGGUGAAGGUCCACAGCGGGGUGGAUUCGAAAUAAUAAAUGUCCAAACCGGAAGCAAUUUCACUCCGCCGGCCGGCAAAGCCCACUCGAGCCGAAUCUCCAUCUCGCACGUGCUCACGUGCGUUGCGUUCCUGCUGUCCGGUCUGAUCGGCAACAGCAGGCACUAAAGCGGGGGGGCCCGAACGGUUGUUUUGUUCAUCAGGUAAACUCAGCUAGAGAAAUGGAGUCAAGUUAUUCGUACUCGUUGUCUUCUUUCGCCUCUUUAAUGCUUCAUUCAGGAAACUCGCGAAACGAAUUCACGCACACGGUAGUUUUUACGUGUGAUAGCGCGUGCAAGUCACAGAUCGUAGGACUGUAAAAUUAUUAAACAAGAGAAAAAAAAACUAGGAUAUAACAAAUCUACGCGUAGCAAUGAUAAAACAAUUGUACACGUGUCCGGCGUAUCCGUGGUGUGAGUGCAGUUCACACCGGCUGAUGUUGAAAUUUGAGAGAAUACCUAUCGAAAUGAUCCCCUGAAACGACGGAGAAAGAUAGACGCCAUAAAUCAUCCGCAGAUUUCAGCUUGCUAUUCAUUGCUGCUGCAGAAAAGCUCAAGCAAUAUGUUGAUAUUCUAUAUGUUUUACUCAAACAUUCAUAGGAAAGAAAGUAUGCAUGUAUACUAGAGAACAACCAUCGUUUUAAAUUGUGUUUUCUCCCAUUAUAUUGUUUCGUCAAAGUCAAAAUUGUGAGAGUGUACAAAUUUUACCAAGAAAAAAAAGCAAUCUAAUCUCAUUUCCCGUUUUGCGGAAGCUUUAUAUUUUAGUAAGUAAAUAACCAAUCCCCCUCCCCCCUAGAGUUACGAGCAGGUAUCGCAUUCAGAACCAAGUCGCCAUAUUUAAUUAAAAAGUAUACAAUAGUUUAGUUAGGUGCCAGCGCACAAAAAUAUAUGCAGUUUACUACAGUAGAGAACUCAGCUUAAACACGAUUGUACGCCAGACAAAAAAGUAUACUCCAUUUCGGAUCUUUGUUUUUUUAUGCUGGUAGCUUUACCAACUUGUUUCACCAAUCAGUGAACAACUAAAUGGAACAGAAGAUAAAAAAACUAAUUAUUAUCGUUAGCUAUAGAAAGCCUGCCUGCCCUUAGUCCUCGAUCAAUGAAGAAGAGGAACAAAACAGAACUAGAAUACCGUAGGUAGAACUAUUAAAUUAAACAAAACCCUAAUUUUUCAAUGUUAGUUGGGAAAACUUGUAAAUAAGUAACCGAUAAGAAACGAAAAAAAAAUCCAAUGGUAAACAGUUUAUUGGUGGUUAACAAAAUAUCCAGCAGCAAAAGCAUGGCCGAAGCACGGCCGGUUUGAAGUAACGAAGUAACAACAAAAAAACCCUAUUGUCGACGUGAAAGUAUUAGAAAUUUCUUCCAUCCUCUAACCUGCCUCAACAAACGUUUCAAUUCACUUGUUUUCGUUCCAUCUUUUUCGACUUUUCCUACUUACCAAAACAAACGAAGAAAAAAAAUCCCAAAUUUGUAAAUAAAAACAAACAAUAACUUAGUGAGCUACCUACCUUUAGAAGCAGAAAAACUCGCACAACAGAGGUUUCACUGACAAGCAGCAAAACCACUUUUCCACCACCGCCUACUUCUUUACUGAUAUUCAAUUUCGUUGGUAAUGCUCAGUGAAAAUCGGGUGCCAGAAUAAAUCCAACUCAAAAACUUACUCCCCCUCCAGAAUAUUAUCUCUACACAACACAUUUACAUACGACGCCGAUAAGAGCAAGAGAUAAGCAUACAAGCAAACCACAACCACAGACACGAAACUGCAGCGCUAAAAUUACGUACUACGAAGAGCACAAUUCCGACCAACAAACUCCUUAACCAGAAAGAAAACUUACUUCCACAGGCCUCCCCCCCCCCCCCCAGUUCGUGUGCGUCGAUCGGGAGUGGGAACCCCCCUUUUUUCGACCAACAUUUGAAUUUCAUUUUUCCCGAACAACCCCGAACAGCCUGUGCGCUGUGCGAGGACGAAGGACAGCAAGGAUCAGAGCAAGCAGUGAGUCAGUGGAUAAAUAAAUAUAGAAUGAUGAUGUGUGGCGACAGAUCGAGAGAAACCGCGAGAAGAAAAAAAAACGAAGAGGAAAAAUUGAUUGUGUUUGAACUAUCUGUGAUUGAGCUAAGGAAAAAUAAAAAGAAAACAGUUUAUAAGAUGUAAAAAAAAAGAAAACAAACCAGCAGAGAGCGUAAACCGUCAUUGAAGAGUGAUGAUGAUGAGCGACGAAAAAAAAAACUGCAAGCCCAAACUAGAGAGUAAAAGAAUACCUAAUUUAUUGUUAUUGAAGAAUGUUGUUCCACCAAGCAGCGAUGAAUUUGUUUCUGCAAGAAAAAAAUCAAGAUAAGAUUAAAAAAAACUAACAAAAAACUAAAAGCAUUAUCUUUCGCGGCAUCAUCGGCAGACUUUUAUGCAGGGUUGUUGCCUUGGCUGUCUGAAGGAUUCCCGCCCGGUCGAGUCCGGCUCUUCGAGCCGCGCCGCAGGCGCACACGAGGACGCGUGGUCUGAUUUAUACCGUAUUUUGGCUGCCAGUGAUAAUUCUUUAGCUUUAGGUGUUGUUUUCUAAAUUUGUUUUAUUUUUUUUUUGUUCAAAUUUGGCCACGACGACGGGCGACACGGGAAUGCUUCAAACCGCGAAACAACCAAACCCGGUUCGAAUAUAUUUUGAUUGCACAAUGUAUGCCAUGAAAGGGACAUGCAAAAGAACAACAAUAAAGUAGUGCUAAUGUGUUCUCGCAAGUUGACUUGUUUUAACUGCAAACCUGGCAGGAUAGCAGACGAAAAAGUUAGUUGGACGAAGGUAUUUAUAUAAUAAAUACGCCCCAGAGAAACAGGAAUAAUAUAUUUAACUGCAGCUACGACACAAACAAAAAAAGUUAAAACAAACAGUGAAAAAACAAGUUCACUAAACUGUUAGAACGGUGUAUUAUAGAAAAUAGGUGAAAAAACGAGAAAUCAUUUCAGCAAAUAAAACAAAUUGAAAAGAAGUUAUUUUGCCUAUGUUGAAACGUACAAUAGGAACAUUUGAAGAAAAAAUAAAAAAAAACUUGUGUAAAAAUGUGAAAAUUCGGGAAGAAAUACAUAACCUAA